AGGCCACUAAGCCGGUGCCCUGAAAAAGCAAUAUUGAUCUCUUGCAUAUUCCCUGGUCCGUGACGUUAUAUGUGAGCUGCUGGGGCUGCACCUGCUCUUCAUAUCCUUCGCUCUCUCUCUCUCUCUCUCUCUCUCUCUCUCACUCCUCUCUAGCGGGUCUGGGAAGAACGAGGGCUCUGUUUCACAAGACCAGACCCAUUGGCUCUCUCUGCAAAGCUUAUCUCUUUAUGUACUAUCAGCUACUCAACCAGUCAUGUCUGUUUAGCUUAGAUCAAUGGCUGAUUACAUGAUCCUGACAGUUUCAAUGGACAACAUGUUUUCCCUAAGUUGCAGAGAGUUCAUUUGGAGCUGAAAAGCGGCGAUUCGAGAAACGAUGCGCUACGAGCUAUGGUUUGCACUGCUAGUGAUUUACAGGGGUGGAAGGAUUUUCCUAAGGGCCUUAGAGUUCUUCUCCUUGAUGGAGAUAGCAGUUCUUCAGCUGAGAUAAGAACAAAGCUUGAGGAAAUGGAGUAUGUUGUUGUGACUUACUGCAAUGAGAAUGAUGCAUUGUCAGCCAUUUCGAGCAAGCCCGAUACCUUUCAUGUCGCCAUUGUGGAGGUAACGACGAGCAGUCACGAUGGGAAUUUUAAGUUUCUUGAAGCUGCCAAGGACUUGCCUACCAUUAUGAUUUCGAAUAUCCAUUGCCUAAGCACGAUGAUGAAGUGCAUAGCGCUAGGUGCGAUUGAGUUCCUUCAGAAACCGCUGUCAGAGGACAAACUGAGGAAUAUUUGGCAACAUGUUGUUCAUAAGGCGUUCAAUGCAGGCGGUAGCGCCGUUCCCAGUUCUUUAAAGCCUAUCAAAGAAUCCGUUGCCUCCAUUCUGCACCUAGAAUCAGAAAACAGUGAAAACGAUAAUCCAGUCCCGAAAGAGUUAGAAAUAUCGAGCAGUGAUGAUGACAAUGAUCGUGAACUACUAGAAGGAAGUGAUAAGUAUCCAGCUCCUUCAACUCCUCAGCAGAAGCACGGUAUGCGGCUGGUGGACGAUGGCGACUGCCAGGAUCAAUUGAACUGCUUGCUCGAAAAAGAGUGCGCGGAGCAAGACGGGGAAUCUAAAUCUGUCGAAACUACUUGUAUCAAUUCGCUUGGUGAAGGCAUUUCCCAAGUGGAGAACACUCAGUUACCUGACAAAGAAGGAAUAAAAGAGGAAGAGAACUCUGCUGAUGGCUGUGGGGCUGCGAGUAACGAUGAUCACGAGAUACAUGAUCAAGACAUCAUUAGCAGUUCCGAAGAAAACAAGAGCAAAGCAUGUGGUCUUGGUAAUUCGAGUGGGACGAAAGUUAGUAGGAAGAAGAUGAAGGUAGACUGGACACCCGAACUGCACCGAAAGUUCGUACAGGCAGUUGAACAACUCGGAGUGAAUCAAGCAAUUCCUUCUCGAAUUCUCGAGCUGAUGAAAGUUGAAGGCUUGACAAGGCAUAAUGUAGCAAGUCAUCUUCAGAAGUAUCGGAUGCACAAGAGACAUAUCUUGCCAAAACAAGACGACUCGAGUUGGUCUCAUUCAAAGGAUCCAAUGAGGAAGAACUGCUAUCCACAGAGACCUGUGAUGGCCUUCCCUCCUCCUUAUCAUUCAAAUCAUGUAAUGCCAGUGGCUCCGAUCUACCCGCCGUGGGGUCAUAUGGCAUGCCCCUCGCCCAGUGUCCAAAUGUGGGUGUCGCCCGGUUAUCCGUCCUGGCAACCACAAGAAAUUUGGCCAUGGAAGUCAUAUCCUGGGAUGUAUGCUGAUGCAUGGGGUUGCCCUGUGACACCACCUCCUCAUAGCCCUCUCCCUUCUCAUCCUCCUCAACAGCCUAUUUUCAGAUUUGAAAAUGCAGACGCACAUGAUAAAAGCUAUGGCAUUGCGUUCAAUCCGAUGGAACUUCAACUGGCUGAUGAAGAAAUUGACAAAGUGGUGAUAGAGGCAAUCAGUAAGCCAUGGUUACCAUUGCCAUUGGGGCUAAAGCCACCUUCAACAGAAAGUGUACUGUCUGAGCUCUCAAGACAAGGCAUCUCAACCGUCCCUUCUCAAAUCAACGGCUCUAAACUACUCCAAUAACAGUCUUUCAAAAGCUCAUUUGGGCCCUUCCACUGUCUGAGCUGAUUUGGACCAUCUGAUUUUCAUCAUCUGCAAUAAAAAAAAGAAAAAAGAAAAAAGAGAGGGAAGGGACAAGUGGAGCCCAAAAUCAAGAUUGGCACGUGCAGGGUCGGGUGGGGGUGUCCCUGAAAUGUGGGGCUGUGAUCCACUGUUUCAUCAGUCCAUUUUGCAAUGGACGACUGAGGAAGAGCCACGAAGGUGAGUUUGAGAACACAAGUUUGAGGUGUGGCUGUGAGGAUAGCAGAAAAAGGAGGGGCGUGGUGGGUUGGUGAGUGUUGGAGUAGUGGAGGAUGAAAUAAUUGAAUUCAUUAGAUUUUUUUAGAGAGAGAUAGAGAGGGAGAGAAGAUGAGAUGAUGAUGGUGAUGUGUUCUUUUCUGAUGGGACCAUAAUUUGAGACUUUCUUCAAUAAUGUAAAAUGACUAUGAACUUUUGGUGCCAUAUUGUUUGUUUCCUUUAGGAUAAUAAAGUUUUGAUAGGAACUGUUUUGU